AUGGCUACAUUAGCUGCUUCCGCACCGGGUGGUGUUGUGCUACCGGCAGUGCAAAUGAAUAUUAACUAUGGAGAUUUAAAAGAAGAAAUACGUGAUUUCCUACAACACUUCAAAUCGACGGAAUCUCUUGAAGAAGCCAAGGAAGAAUCCGCAGAAGGUCUAUAUGAUCACAGUGCUGCGGAAUUGGAACAUGAUGACGAAGAUUUACAGGGUGUUGGUAAGGGACCAAAAUAUAUGCAUCUUUUACAAAGAGUGGCCAAUAGAGAAUUAACUGCCCUUUAUAUUGAUCUGGAUGAUGUGAAAACUUAUGAGGAAACCCAAAGACCGGCUGGUCGUUCUUCCGGAAGCCUGACCGAUAUUGUUAUGAGAAAUACGGAACAUUUUGUCAACCUGUUUUCUGAAGUUAUCGAUGAGAUCAUGCCUGAUCCUACAGUGAACCUAUCGCAUAAGGAUGAUGUACUUGAUGUUAUCAUUCAUCAGAGAAAGCUUAGAAAUGCCCGACUUAUAGAAGAGCAUCAGCAAGAAUUGGCAAAUAGUGGUUUAGUUGGUGAUAAUGCUGAACAGCAACAGAGAGCUGCAAUAGAUGUUGAAGGUUCGGCCGAUCUAUUCCCAGCUGAGUUAACCAGAAGAUACAAUCUCUACUUCCGCCCUCCUACUGGUGCAACUUUGAAAGGCCCUAGAAAAGCAUUGGCUGUGAGAGAAGUCCGAGGAAGCCACUUGGGUAAAUUGAUUACGGUACGGGGCAUUGUUACCAGAGUUUCGGAUGUUAAACCAGCUGUUCAGGUUAAUGCAUACACUUGUGAUACUUGUGGAUAUGAGAUCUUUCAAGAGGUUACAUCCAACACCUUCACACCAUUAACAGAAUGUAAUUCUCCGCAGUGUAUGAGCAACCAACACAGGGGCCAUCUUUUCCCAUCCACAAGGGCCUCUAAAUUCUUGCCAUUCCAAGAUGUGAAAAUUCAGGAAUUGGCCAGUCAAGUUCCGGUGGGACAAAUCCCAAGAAUGUUAAAUAUUCACGUUGUUGGAACUUUGGUGCGAUCCAUGGAUCCUGGUGAUAUUGUGGAUGUUGCAGGUAUCUUUUUACCUGUUCCAUAUACUGCCUACAAAGCAUGGAAGGCAGGCUUACUUACAGAAACAUAUCUAUUAGCACAGAGUGUCAAGCAGCAUAAGAGGAAAUAUGAAAACUUGGGAAUUACCCCAGAGGUUGAGGAGAAGGUGUCUGAAAUUCGCUCUCAGGGUCAUCUUUACGAAAGAUUGGCUUCUUCCAUUGCACCUGAAAUUUAUGGAAAUCUUGACAUUAAGAAGGCUCUUUUGCUUUUGCUUGUUGGUGGUGUCACAAAGGAGAUGAAUGAUGGUAUGAGAAUUAGAGGUGACGUCAACAUUCUUUUAAUGGGUGAUCCCGGUGUUGCCAAAUCACAGCUUUUGAAGUCGAUCUCAAAGCUGGCUCCAAGAGGUGUUUAUACAACUGGUAAAGGUUCAUCGGGGGUGGGUCUUACUGCUGCUGUUAUGAGAGACCCUAUUACCGAUGAAAUGGUUUUAGAAGGUGGUGCUUUGGUGUUAGCCGAUAACGGUGUCUGCUGUAUUGAUGAGUUUGAUAAGAUGGACGAAAGUGACCGUACUGCUAUCCAUGAAGUUAUGGAGCAACAAACGAUAUCCAUAUCCAAGGCCGGAAUUACCACAACUUUGAAUGCAAGAGCCUCAAUAUUAGCAGCCGCUAACCCUUUGUACGGCCGUUACAAUCCGAAGUUAUCACCAUUCCAGAAUAUAAAUCUUCCUGCUGCACUUAUGUCCAGAUUUGAUAUCAUGUUUGUCAUUUUGGAUAAACCAGACAGGGAACAAGAUGAGCGGUUAGCUGAACACGUUGCAUAUGUUCAUAUGUACAACAAACAGCCGGCUAGUGCUCUAGAACCAUUAGAUGCAACAACAAUGAGACAGUUUAUUUCCAUAGCUAGAAGGUUUAGGCCUGUCAUUACUCCUGAAGUUCGUGACUAUGUUGUUCAACAGUACGUGAAGAUGAGGAAGGAGAGUAAGAAAUAUGAAUUUUCUAAAUUCUACUUUGGUCACACAACCCCAAGAACAUUAUUGGGUAUUUUGCGGUUGUCGCAAGCUUUGGCAAGAGUGAGAUUUAGCAAUGAGGUUGACACAGAAGAUAUUGACGAAGCUUUGAGAUUGGUGAAUGUGGCUCGCCAAAGUUUGAGUGAUAACAUAGAUGAAUCGGAUAAUCUUAGUGAAUCGGAUUCAUCCAAAGUUUUCAAUCUCAUCAGGGAAAAAAUCAGGCAGUCCGGUGAGAAAAUCGUGUCAGUCGCAGCUCUCAGAAAUGCUUGCAUUGGUAAAGGUUUUACAGAAGAUCUUUUCAAGGAAUGUAUAUAUAGAUAUCAAUCCUUGAAUUUAUGGCAUCUUGUGGACGAUGAUGAGAUGCUUGCUAUUGUUGGAAACCUUGGUGAUGAGGAUUUUGAUGCCGCUGAUAAGGAUAACGAUGAGUCUGCGGUCAAAGACUCAAAACAUGGUUCGGAUGCCGACACGGAUGGAGAUGGCGACAAGUCCAUGAGCGAAUGA